AUGCUGUCCAAUCUCUAUCAAUCCUCAUCAAAUUUCCAUGUCAUUCCUCUCAAGAGCGAUCUGAGAAAGGAUACCCUCAUUGGCGCUGAAAUUGCCUUCAACUACAACGCAGAUGGAGGUGAUGACUCCAGACUCUCUCGCAGGCUCAUCGAUGUGAAGGACUUGACCGAGAGCGACCUCUCUCUACUGCGACAGGCACUUUUUGAACACUCCGUCAUUAUUUUCAGAAAUCAGCAAGGGGUUGACCCCAACACGCUACCGUUACUUGCAGCGAUAUGGGACGACCAAGUACAAAGUCACCAUUCAGGCGAAAUUGCUGCGUUGACUGCUACCAACAACAUUCUAUCCAAAAACAAUGCUGCACGCAUACCUCGAGCAAAGGAAGUGACGAUAUUAGGACAAGGGAGCUUCGAUGGGUACGAAGGUAUACCCACGCUCAGGCUACGGCAUGUUAACCACCUCGAGUUUCAUGAUCAGCCUUUAUCACAGGAGGAGCUUGGCCAAGGUUAUACAAGGUUCUAUCGAUUCCAUUGUGAUGCUCCUUUAUACGAAAAACUUCCCGGGAAAGUCACCAUUCUUCAUGCUCUAAAAGUGCCUAAGUCCCCCCGACAAAAGAUCAAAUUUGAAAACGGACAAGAGCUUGAGUUGGAUGCAGGCGCCACGGCAUUUGUCUCGGGAGCUCGUGCGUUUCAACUGCUGACGCCUGAAGAGCAAGAGUUCGCGCUCAACACCAUCGUCCAAUACGCUCCGCGACCUUACGAAUGGAUUCAAAACUGCAAGGCGACUUCAGAUGGUCUCUCUAUCGUCACGACUGGACUAGAGAAACCAUUAGAAGAAUUGACGCCGUGGGACCCGGAGAAGGUGCAGGCUCAUCCGAUGGUAUGGAAGAACCCUCUGUUUCCAGACCGGCCGCAUUUACAGAUUCUGGGCAUGUGUGUUAAGUCCCUGAUCACGAUCGACCCCAAGACGAAGGAGAGGAAAGUGAUCGAUGACCUUGCCGAAGUACGGAAAAUUUGUCACUCAUUUCAGAAGAAAUCCAUGGCACCGUCGUAUAUCUACGCUCACACUUGGCGAGACGGCGACUUGGUCGCUUUUCACAAUCAAGGUGUAUGGCAUACGAUUACUGGCCAGCUAGGAGAUGAUGAUGAGAGAGAAACUACCGAUGCGACUGAGAUAGCGAGAAGGGAGGUCAACAAAAGGCUGAUGUGGCAAUGUACAAUGGCGAGUGGCGUGCCACCAGAGCCUUUCAACCAGAUGUUGAAGACGUUUUAG